AUGAUUUUGAGAUUGGUUUUUCUACUCGGUACGAUUUGCUGGGAAUCGGGAUAUUCAGCGCAAUGUUACAGCUGCUCGUCUCCUCAAUUGCACCUCAAAUGGCCGAAAGAUGAGAACACCAAUCGAUUAUUGUAUCUGCAAGAAUUCCCAUGGUUUGCAAAUGAGAGUUGUGAGACGGUGCGCGACUUGAUGCCUGUCGUCGAUUGUGAAGAUAGUGUAUGUAUCAAAGCAGUCAUCAAACAACCCCCAGCCGAAAGAACAAUUUGUGAGACGGGAGGUGCAAUUGUGCGAGACUGCUGGAGUCGUGUCUUCUCGAACGCCAUCAAGAAUCCACGAGCUCGUCGUGACGUCGUCCGAUUGGCACAGACAUCUGAUAGUGAGGAAACGAUCGGAAUCAUUUACACUUGUGAGGGGUUCCUGUGUAACUCAUCACAGGUUUUCUCCUCGUUUAGUGUGCUAUUUCUGCCGUUGCUAAUUCGGCGAAACUGA